AACAUAUUCUCCAGCAAGAUAACCCUUGCGGCAAGAUCCAAUCAUUGUUCCCUGAAAUUGGAUACCUCCGCCGACGAGUCUCCUAUCCAAUCUCUUCAUGUUCUUGUUUUAGUGGAUUCAUUCAUUCCAUCUUGGAUUUAGUUUCAGAUUCAGGAGGAGGAGAAGAAACUGAAAAUAUUUUUUUUCUGUAGGAAUCUAAAAGAUUGCAGGGUGUGGUAUAUCCUGAAGACACCUUUGGAUGCUUGAUCUAUGUUCAAAGGCUGAUGGUAGAUUAAUAUUCAACUUCUUUGGUCUUUCCAAUUGAAUCACCAUUAUAAUAGAGGUUAAAAUUUAACCAGUGAUGAAGCACCACUUGUCUUCAAGAAGAUGCACGAGUUCUCAACAUCAGAUGGUUUCGUGGAGAUAAACGAAAGCGUCGCCGACAUGAUAAAAUACGUGGCAAACGAGCCCUCAGUGGGCCUUUUCUUUGUUCAGCAGCACGCCCAGAAUGCAAUACCAAACCUCGUCAACCUCAAGGAAAGCAUUAGUGGCAAAUCACACAUGAUAAAUCUGCACACAGAAGAUCUAGAAGAUUCCAUCACAAUGAUGAGGUCUAUGAAAGACUGUGGCUUGCCAAUCGCCAACGAAAUGAUAGGGGAAAUAAAGAAAUCUCUAGCGAUAAUCUCCAGCAAGCAACCGAAAAAGGGUUUUGUCCGGUCUGAUUUGGGUCGAAGUAGUUCUUGGAGUCCUGCUUCUGCUUGGCGAACUGCUGGUUAUUUUCCAAAGGAAGAUGAAAGAAGUGGAGGAUAUUUGUCGUCGGUAUUUAAGUUGGCUAAAGAAAGAACAACCAACAGCUUUGGGUGGUCUCAACUUGACUCUGUAGAUCCCAAGAUUAUAACAUUGCCAAUGGCGUCUGCAAGCACAUCCAAAUUGCCAGAAGAAGAAAUGGAUGAAUUGCCACUGUCAAGUCAUAAUGUCAAGGAAGAACUGGAAAAAGAUGAAGAAGGAGAAGCGCCGGUUGAUGAAAAUUCGUCAAAUAGUGAAGCGGUUAUGUUAUCAGACAGUUAUGAUGAAUUCAAGGCAGAUAAGGAAGCCAAACUAAAGGAGUGGUUAAACGAGACUGAUGCAGCCUUCCCUUAACCUAGUCGUUCCGAUCCUGGUUAGUUUCUUAUAUUAUGUUGUUGUAUUGCUAUUGUGUUUAUCUUAGUAGUUUGUGUGUCUUAUGGAUUCUUGAUUGCCAUUUCUCAUACUUGUAUAAUUUUGAAUUAUAGGUGUUGCUUCUAUUUAGUUAAUAACUAUAUUACAAGUUUAACUCUUUUUAUAAUAAUUUUUUAUAAAAUCUA